CUGGGGCCGACUGGCAACCAUGAUUUUUUAAACGGCGCAACUGUCAAUUGAUUGUGUCACUUGAAUUUUGCAAAAUAAUAACAGCUUUUAGCGGCUUCACAUACAGCUAGUGUAAAACAACGAAGCAUUUAUAUUCGUAAGAGGUCCUAUUUUUGGUAAUAGUACAUGGACUGGAAUGCAAACAAUGCCACAAACGGAUACUAAAGUUCCUGCAGCUGGGCUGGCGGCGGCGUCCCUAUCAUUCGACAUGCAAAAACAUCCUACCGAACGGCUGCAAGGCGGUGUUAACAUAACAAUGUACGAUCGAAGCAGAGAUAAGGAAUCUGCCGAAGAAGCUUCACCACGAUGUUUCCGAUCGACACGGAGUUUUCAACCAAAGCGAGUGUCGGAGCUGCCUCCUCUAGAAUCCGAUUCCGAUUCCGACGGUGAUGGAAACUUGAACUGUGCGAUUCUGAACGAUUCAUUUCUCUUGACUCCAUCAAAGUGCAUCGAUGAGGAGGACAGCGUGGAUAAAAAGAUUCCAUCGAAAGCCACAAUUCGGAGUGUUACGGAUGCUGUACCGAAAUCGCGAAUCAAGCUAGAAGACAAGCUACCUUUGAUGAACGUUGGCCCGGAUGUUGAGUCCAAAAUGAUCAAACGACCACCGUUAGUAGAACGCUCACAAUUCGAUCUAAAAGCGUAUAACGAUUCAUCACCAACCAAAUCGACACGUAGUCAGGAUUCUGGAUAUGGUGCAAGUGCGUCCGUCGAUACGGUUGGCGAGCUGGCAAGUUCUGUUCGUAGGCCUGACAGGACUGUAGCCAAUGGAGCUCAAAGCCCUACUCCGUUAGAGUCGGCACCCGAAAAGAUGGAAGUCGAUAGGAACCGCCAUCAAUUCGUCACACCACGGGACAAGUUUCCGGGUGGGCAGCAUCGAGAAACAGGCUCAAAGAUGUUUACCUCCACUACGGUGCGGAAGUCGCGCAACACAAUUGAAAAUGAGUUCAAAUCACAGAAAGUAUUGUUUGCCACCCCGGUCGUGAUGCCCCGGCCGCCGGUGAAUUUUCUACCUGACGACAGUCUCAACUAUUCGGUGAUCACGCCAGAUGCGACGAAGGAACCGAAGCAUUUAUCACCGAUUAAGGAACAGCCAAAAAUGUCGAAAAGAUCGACGAAUCAACUGUUUGGUGGGUUGGAUGCAGCAACUGAUAAGGUGUCUCCUCCGAAUGUUGCGACUCUGUGCGCACCGACAGUAGUUGAGACAAAUACUAACUCGACCGAUGCGCCACAGCAACCAAAGGAACGUCCGAUCGUAAUCAAUGGGAAGGAAUAUAUGGUGCUGAAAAAAAUUGGAUCCGGAGGUUCGAGUUCCGUCUUCCUAGCCAAACAGGUUGCCACCGGAUUGGAGUGUGCUGUUAAGCUCGUUAACUUGAACGGGGAUGCAAAUUUGGUCGAAGGAUAUCUGAACGAAACCAAAAUGCUUGCAAAAUUGCAAACAAACGAAAACGUGAUUGCGCUAUAUGACUAUGCGCACAUUCCCGAAGCAAGCCAGCUGUUUCUCGUGAUGGAAAAGGGCGAGAGUGAUUUGCAUCGAAUUCUGCAAGGCUACACCUCGGACAUUCCGCUUCACACGCUGAUGAACAUUUGGUAUCAGAUGGUACAAUGUGUGCACUACAUUCACGGGGAAGGUGUCAUCCAUUUGGAUCUAAAGCCGGCCAACUUUCUCAUGAUAAACGGCCGACUGAAAUUGAUCGACUUUGGGAUCGCGAGCAGUAUUUCGUUUGAUUCGACCAGUAUUAUGAAAUUUUCCCAGGCAGGCACAUUUAACUACAUCAGCCCGGAGGCAUUGAUCGAUACGUCGAGCGAAAUGAGUCCGGCAGGCUCGCAGCCACGCAUUAAAAUGUCCAAAAAGUCAGACAUCUGGUCGUUGGGUUGCAUUCUGUACCUGCUACUAUACAAACGGACGCCGUUUGCUCAUAUCAAAAACGUUGUCACGAAGGUGAAUGUUAUCACCAAUCCCAAAACAGUUAUCGAGUUCCCUCCGCUGGCCAGCUACUAUCCACCGAUGUUGCAGGACAUUUUGAAACGGUGCCUUCGGUACGAUGCUAAGUCGCGUGCUUCCACGGCGGAACUUUUGGAGUAUCCUUAUCACAUGGUUAUUCCAUUGAACAAGUAAAUUCGCCAAUGUUGCUGGCAGGCGCCCGAGAUGUUUACGAACUUUUGUAUUUUAUAUUAUAUUUAUAUUGUUACUACUCGA